AUGAGUUCAUCGUCUCCCAUAUCGAUUGACAUCCUGGAGGAGAUAUUGUCGAGAUUGCCUUCAAAGUCAGUCGCGAGGUUUCGUUGCGUGUCUAAGCGAUGGGCAUCAAUGUUGAGUAGUCCAUAUUUCACGGAGUUGUUCUUGACCAGGUCCUUAGCUAAGCCACGCCUCUUAUUCGCCAUCGCAGAAAACGGCAACGAACAAGUAGACGUCUGUGUGUGGAACUUCUUAUCGCUGCCUCAGCUUGAGUAUCCAUAUGAGCAAUCAUCCUCAUCGACCCUUGUAGCAACCGCGGAAUUUUAUGUGAGAUUCUCUCCAGACAAAGUACGGAUCAAUCAUCUGACUAACCUAAAAUAUUUUUCAUGUGGCUACGCCUCUGGCUUGCUCUAUAUGUAUGGUGAUCGACAUAUGAUAUGUAACCCCAUCACGGGACGGUAUGCGAUCCUACCUCAUCGUUAUACCUACAGAAAGGCGUAUAGCUUUUUCGGGGUUGACCCGAUUGAAAAGCAAUACAAGGUAUUGUCCAUGGUUUAUUACUGUGGUCCUGGCCAUGAUAAAAUUCUUACACUUGAAGAUGGAGAUCUGACGUGGAGAAGGAUCAAAUGUCCCGUACGACAUGAUAUUAAGAGUGAUGGGGUAUGCAUCAACGGGGUUUUGUAUUACUUGGGUGAUACGUCGGAUUGUAUUAAUGAUGCCCAUGUUGUGACGUCUGGUUAUGUGAUAGUUUGUUUUGAUGUUAGGUCUGAAAAAUUCACCUUUAUUGAUGUAGAAAGGUUUUGUCGAUUGAUAAAUUACAAGGGUAAACUAGCUGUGAUUUUUUGGGAGGAUGAUGAAGACAUUUAUGAGAAGUGUCAUUUGGAGUCGGAUGUCUACAUUUAUAUUGAGAAUAGUCUCGACGCUGAAGCUAUUAAUGAGUUACAUGUGUGGGUUUUAGAGGAUGUUGAGAAACAGGAAUGGUCGAAAUAUGAAUACACUUGGACGGAUGAUAGAUUCUUCCGUUUUCACGUUUCUGUCGUUGGAGCGACUGCUUCGGGUGAAAUAGUGUUUUCAAUGCGCAAGUAUAUAUCUAACGAACCGUUUUAUGUUUUCUAUUUCAAUCCUGAAAAGAAGACACUCCAACGUGUUGAGAUCCAAGGUUUUGGUGAAACUUUUAAGAAAUGUUUAAGCGUUCGCACUUUUGUAAACCACGUAAAGGAUCUUGAUACUAAUGAUUUAAAACUACUCAAGUCAGUCCAUUCUCCAGAUUUAUCAGAUUCAGAUUCAGAUUCAGAUUCAGAUUCAGAUUCAGACUAA